AUUUUCGAACAUGCUUUUCCAUUUUCGCGGCAGCUGGUAGAGCCGCGCAUGCGCAUAAGAAGCGCGACAAGAAAAAUAAGAUGGCCGACCAGCGAAACAAAUAGAGCGCCGUUGUAAAUAACAAACCGUCCGAGUACGUUGCAAAAGGAAAUUUUCUACGAGAACGCAUGGUGCACGAUAUACUGGAAGCGCCUCGGUGUCGCCAGUUCGUGUGCUCGCGUCGUGGGUCGUAUUCGCGACGGACAACGUGCAACCGCGAGUUCAGCCACGAUUCAUCGUUGAAUGCGUCACGCGUGUACGGUAGAAUCAAGGAGAUCGGUGAGGGAAGCAAGGAAUCGAGGAUCACCAUCGCCAGGAUGCAAUUGCGAAAGCGAAUCAACCUCGCGCCACGUCUUUACCUGCGGCUCGCCUAGCUCCUCAUGCUAGUCUCGUCUUCCGAAUUGCUUGGAACACAGCAUGAAGGAGAUGCUUGGAGGGUGCUGCGUGUGUUCUGACGAGAGGGGUUGGACUGAAAAUCCGUUGGUGUAUUGCGAUGGUCAAGGUUGCACAGUUGCUGUACACCAAGCUUGCUAUGGUAUCGUCACAGUGCCAACGGGACCAUGGUACUGUAGAAAGUGCGAAUCACAAGAGCGUAGUGCCCGUGUGCGCUGCGAGUUAUGUCCAAGCCGUGAUGGAGCUCUUAAGAGAACGGAUCAGGCUGGCUGGGCACACGUGGUUUGUGCAUUGUACAUACCGGAAGUUAGAUUUGGUAACGUGACAACCAUGGAACCGAUCAUUUUGCAACUUAUACCAUCAGAAAGGUUUAGUAAGUCAUGUUAUAUAUGCGAAGAACAAGGAAGGGGUAGCAGAGCAAAUGUAGGAGCCUGUAUGCAGUGCAACAAGACUGGCUGCAGGCAGCAAUUUCAUGUUACGUGUGCUCAGGCUCUUGGCUUGCUCUGCGAAGAAGCUGGCAACUAUCUUGAUAACGUAAAAUACUGUGGAUACUGCCAGCAUCAUUAUUCAAAAUUGAAAAAGGGUGGUAAUGUAAAAACCAUACCACCUUACAAGCCAAUACCAGCUGAUAAUGGCUCAUCAGAUUCGUCACCUGAAAAGGAAGCAGAGACUCCGAUAAAAUCUUCAUCAAGUGGUAAAAGAAAGAGUUCAAGUUCCAAAUCCACUACCAAUUCUAAAAACAAAUCCAAUACUAGUCCAAGUCUAGAAAUAAAUGGCGUUGCUGACGACAAAAGCAGCAGCGGCCGUAAUACACCCAAAGACAACACCACAAAUUCCAGUAAAUUCACAACUUCAAACUUCGUAGAGACAAUCGUCACCCAAUCGGAGAGUGUGUUCGGACAUGAUGGCACUACUUCCACUACUGCUGUAGCAGCCGCAACGAUUAAAUCGGGAUCGAACUCGAACUCGGGGCAUAAAAGCGGCGGACAAACGAAAUCUAACUCUUCGUCGUCGAACAAGACGUCGAGUCACAGUAAAAAAAGAAAAACGGGAGCCCGUACCCCAACGGUAAUAGGAAAUGAAAAUUCGAACCAAUCGGUCAGCUCGGAAGCCAGCGGAUCGGUUGUUGUCGCUGUCAGUUCCAUUGUACAACAAGCUGUAUCAAGCAAUAACAUACAGACAACCAUUACGGAAGCUACAAGCUUGAGUACAACUACCGAACCGGAAAAAUCAAAAAAGUUGAAGGUUGAGAGUCCAAUUCAAUCGUCAAAUACUCCAGUCACUACAGAAGCGACUACCACACCUGUGAUAAUGACGGUAACGCAGUCUCAGUCAUCAACAAUUGCUCAGUCACCCACGACUACUUCAAACAGCAUAGUGGUGUCCGUUCCGUUGACCGCAACUUCUCUGUCUAAUACGGUGCAGAGUGUAGUUACAAGCGCGCCAACGCUUUAUCAGCAACUCCAGCAAAGUAUCAUCACCACCGCGGCAAACAUGGAAGCUAGAGCGAACGCUGUGUCGAAUUCUGAAAGAUUUGUAAACGAAGAAGCUCCCGCCAAGAGAUCUCGUUCUCAGUCAUCUGAUAAACAAGACAAAUCUCGAAAGCCAAAGCGUGGGUCAUCGAACAGUCAACCAGCACUGGCUCAAGUGCAAGUACCUUCGCAGCCUCACCAACAGCAACAGCAAUCUCAACCAUCAGCUUCUUCCGUUGUAACAUCAGUAUCCAGCAGUGCGGUAGUAACAACAUCCAAACGGGGUGGAAGAAGCAACCAUCAGACUCCCCCACCCGCCAUAACUGUUGCACCCAUACCAUCCAUUAUUCAAGGGCCAACAUUAGGCACCGGUCACUUUAGUAGCGUUAAUUCUGUCUCCACGAAUCUAAUGGGUCCUACGGUCAAAGAGUCUCCUCCUAGUAGUCCCGGUUCAGAGAGUAUGAGCAGUAAUGGACCGGGAAGAAGAAAGAGGAAAAGUGCUAGUGCAGCUUCUACGACACCUACACCCUCUGCGUCCAGUACUCCAACGCUGACACAUCCUAAAGAGGAGAAAGAUAUUAAGUUAUUUCAGAAUGGAGUUAGUGCGCCUCAUAUGUUAGGAAAUCAGUUGAAUCCAACUUCGACAAUGGCACAAAAAAUGUCUGAUACGCUUUCACAAGAGCUAGAAGCACACUCUAUUUUUACAGAAGCUAGUAAUUCGACGACGAAUUUAGUUGGUCCACAGCUGCACAGUCGAGUGAUCGCGUCUAUACGAUCCAAUCAAACAGGUGCACCGCCCACAUCGUUUUCUUCAGUUUUUAAUACAAACAGCAAUACAAACUCCAACAUGAAUAUUAAUAGUAAUGCAAGUGCUAGCGUUAAUAUUGCCGGUACCGGUGCUUUGGGAGGUGGAACGAUACCCCAAACGUUGGAUCAGCUUCUGGAGAGGCAGUGGGAACAGGGAAGUCAGUUUCUGAUGGAGCAAGCUCAACACUUUGACAGUGAGUUUGCUUCCCUACUUUCGUGUCUUCAUCAGUUGAGAGCAGAGAACCUUAGGCUAGAGGAACAUGUAAAUAGUCUUUUGCAAAGGAGAGAUCACUUAUUGGCUGUGAAUGCUAGACUUGCUAUCCCACUGACGACUCAGCCUAGUGCACAUCCUGUGAACAACAUACACCCAAACGUUAACCCGUCGCACCCCAACGUUCCACACCCCGAUGUACCUCCAGGAGCGGCGGCCCCGGUUCCAAGAGUGAACCGCGAACCUCGAGUGAACAACACGUACAUGCCGCACUCGAGCGCGAGUAAUCACUCGGCGGCGUUAGAAAACGGCUUACCACCGGAUCCUUCCCCUCCAGCCGCGGCUUCUCUGUCUCAGUAUCAACACCGAACGUCGUUGGUCGCGCCCCAGCCGAGUCCAACGAUCAGACACAGUCCUGCCGGGAGUGGGUACCAUCAAGGGCAGCCGAGCAAUAUAGUAUCCCCGGCGCCGACUGGUAAUUCUGGAGUGGUGAGGAAUUCGUCCGUCACGCCAGAUCCAGUGCGCGGAGUACCAAGGUCAGUGCCACAGUCGUCGAGCAAUUACAUGCCCUCGAUGUACCAGCCUACCGUGUCCAGUCUCACGAGCAAUCAAGUGGGUAACGUUCAUAAUCUUCACUCGCACGGACCAUCUCCGCCCAGCCACGGGCCACCGGGGAAACCCAGCUGAAGAUAGAUGUAAAGAAUCAACAGAGAAGAGCAUGCUGCAUCAGUUGACCGACGUAAUAGUAAUAAAACUUGAGGGAUAAAGAAAAUUGUCUCGUCCUCAAGAUCGGCUUCACGUGCUUCUUCAACGAGAAUCGGAUAACCGACUGGUGUUUCUGCUCGAUCAAUCGGUCAUUUUGCAUUAGUAGGAUAAAACUGAACACCGUUAGUCAGAAAGAAAGCAUUUGCAUUUAAACGGUUAUGUCGAUUCAUAAUUUUAUUCGCUCGCGAAUGAGAUUCUAUGAAUUCAUACGUUUUUAUAUUCGCAUUUCCAAUCACUCAGCAAAUUUCACAGGUUACAGUAUCUAGAUUGGUAGAUUGAUUUCACAGAUACGAAAAAUCACAAGCAUUAUAAAAUAGAGAGGCCUUGUAGUUUAAAGCGAAGAAACUGUUACUUCUAGACUUAGAGAAUCACUCGUUCUUUCGUUUUUCAUUGGUUGCACGUUGUCGAGCACGUCUGAGACAAUCUAUCCAUCGUCGGCAUCGUAAAGAGAGAAAACAUUGAAAAGAUUUGAAGAAAAAAAAAGAAAAGGAAGAAAAAAAUGAAACGGCAAAUCCACAGAUGUACAAAUUUUAGACUGUAAGUUAAUCUAUCGCGACGAAUAGCAAUAAUAUUACGAGUAGGUGUACAUUUUAACGAGAGGUUACAACUGCGUGUAAGUCUGGUGGUACGACAAAGUCGCCCGUAUUGUUUUUACAUAGGCAUUUUUUGCUGAACGAUUCCAUCGACAUCGAUUUUUAAAAAAUGCCGUGCCGUUUCGGACUAUUCGGGUCGGCUCGGAAAACAUCGGGCGGGCUCGGCCGGGUGUCCGAGGCGUACGUGCAGUCGGGUAGCCUGACUGCCUCGGCUCAGGUCGGAUGAAGUCGGGCAGAUUCGGACAGGAGAGUUGCGGACCGCGGGAGCUCGUCCGAAUCGGCCCGACUUUAUCCGACCUGACCCGACUGCGCGCAUGUAUCGCUCACCCGGCCGAGCUCGCCCGAUUUUUUCCGAGCCCACCCGAGCCCGUAACAUCAGGUACAAUGUUUUGGGGAUUUCCUUUAGCGCGCCACUUAUGUCGCAAGGCUAACACCUUCGUAAUGAAUUGUAAUAUACAAUUGACCUAUUUCACAGUCGAAUCAAUGUAUAUUCUAAUCUUAUACAUAUAGAAACAUACUACUUUAGAUGUAUAACUCGAGCACUGCCUUCCACCAAUAAACUCGCUGUGAAACAGGUUGAUGAAUAGUCUUUAGAGCGAAUACAUGAUUUGUUUUUACGUUACUUAGGAACCGCUUGAAUUGCAACCGUGUGUUCCGGAUCUUUGAUGAUGGGAUGCGUUAGUGUUUUCCUGGUUCAUUUGCGAUUCAUCUUUCUUCGUUGCUAGUACCUUACCUUUCUCGAUGGCAGCACACAUACACAGAUACACUUUUAAUUGUACAUACAUGCAUUAUCAUUCAACUUUAGUUAAUUAUUUUAUACGAGUACGGGAAAUUAGAAAAAUUCGAACCAUACGAGGGAUACUUUCGAGUGGAACGCUUUGCUUUUCACGUAUCGCCAAUCGAUGAACAUUUUAACUGAAAGUGAUAAGAAAGUAAAAUAAUGAUUGAACGUGACGGAAAAUCUGUCUUUCCGUUUUAAUGUCAAAAGCAUGAAUUUAUUUCGUUUUCUUAUUAAUUUUCAACUGUUAAAAUUAGAGUUUGCAUUUAAUUAUACAGAAUGGAAUUUUUUUUUUUACAUAAAGUUAAUUAUAUGUAUUACCAUAUUGUGUUCUCCAUUCUAAAGUAUUAUUUUACGGAAAGACGAUUUGAAAUCGGUGCGUACUGUGUUCGAGGAUUGUAAAUUUUGUUGUUUUUAAAAGCGAACGGAUAGAACCACCUCUAGGCUUACUUUGUAAUACGAUAUAAAUAGUGGUAGAUCACGAGGACACGAAAGAUUUUUCAGGAUAGCUCGUCACCACUCAGGGAAAAAUCGAUUAACUGUAACAAAAUUCUAUCGAGUUUUCUUCGUGUACACGUCGGUUCUGUCGAGAACGAAGUGCUGGUCCAAUUUAUAUUGUACAUACUGUAUUUGUCAUUAAUUUAUGGUACUUAAAACGUCUCGCGAGACAGCCUGAAUCGCACUUUUAAUUGUACAAAAAGAAAAAUUGUCGACACUUGAAAGUUUCAUUAUAAAAUACACCAUGCUGUCUCGAUUGACCGACUUUUACGUCAGGCUAAAAACGAUUUCCACCAAGUCGCGGUUAAAAAGGACAACAGUGCGUUUAUACCGAUGAAGAGUAUUUUAUGCGUUAUUUCUCGAUGUAGUGUCGUUGUACGUUUUAAGAAUAAGAGAGACGAGAACAAAGCGUGUACGAUAGAGAGAGAAAAUGAAUAAGCGAAGUUAACAGAGAGCAGUAAACGAUAAUAUUUUUACACAACAAGACAGUGCCAAAUUUUUGCAAUCGAAUCAUUGAACUCUUCUCGAUCUCUUAAACGAUCAAUAGAGAUAAUUUGUUUAAGAUUUUGAGACAUAACAAAAUCGCCACGGCGAAUCGUUUUCUCUUGCUUGGUGAAAGAACUUUGAAGAAAUUUAAAACCCAACGUUGCCCCUUAAUUUCGACACUUUCACGCUCUCGUUUGUCUUGUGUUCAAUUUCAAAUCGUACAAAUAAAUUAUUGUGUUCCUAAUCCACCGUGGAUUGGUUCCUCGAAGCUAUUGUCGCUUGGAAAUUUGACUUUUAUUUUCACCAAAGUCUCUAAUUCUGGGGAACAUUGGGCUUAUGCAGAAUGAACAAGGAAAUGUUACAGACAAUGUUUUUAACCUCGAAAAUUCGCUGCGAAAUCGAUUCGCAUAAAAUUAUUAUCAAGGAAGAGUGUUCUUGUAAAUUGUAUAUUAGGUGUACAAAUUAAUUCGGUGCCUUUAAUGUUACAGUUUUUUAGUUACUAUUUUAAAUUCGAAUAUUUUCCCGCGCUUUUGUGAAUUUGAAAAAUGGCGCGAGAAUAAUUACUUUCUUAGUUACUAUUUUAAAUUGGAAUAUUUUCCCGCGCUUUUGUGAAUUUGAAAAAUAGCGCGAGAAUAUGAUUCAAUAAUUGUAACUAUAACAUUAAUUAAAAAAAGAAAAGGCACCGAAUUAAUUUGUACACCUAAUAGAAUUAAGGUAUUCCUUUAUAAGUUUUGUAUAAACCCAAUGUGGCUCUAUUUCUUAGGAUUUUCUAUUCACUAGUAGCUUUAUUGUAACUCUUAAAUGUUUCGUACAUAUAUAUAAUUAUGUACACGAAAAAUGAUGCGUUUAGAGUUAGGUGUAUAGAUAUUUGUUCACUUUAAGGAAAACUUGCUAAUCAAAGAGAAACCUGAUUGUUUCAAAAUUAAGAAAGUGUCUGAUAACAGGAUGAAUUUGCAUAGAGUGAACAAAAGAAAAAGGCUAUUAAUUUUAAGUGAUUUGCUCAACAAAAAAAUUAGAUUCUCCUGUAACUGUAUCUAUCUACUUUGUUUGAAAUUAGACUUAACGUUAAGGAAAGUCGAAUGAAAUGAAAACUGUGAAAAGAGAUCAGCGUCCAAGGCGGCAACAAUGCUUUGAUUGGCCGAAAUAUUGGCACAGACCAUACCCUUAAAGUAGCAUUUUGAUACUCGAGAUCGUCUAUUAAGUGUCACUGUUGGAAAGUAAAAAAAAAAAAAAGAGAGACAUCUGUGUGCGAGUGAACCAAAUCCGGCGUCGUUUGUGAAGCGUGUUUUUUCAUUUUUCUACGAGACAGAGAGAAUUAGCUGAGCCCCCCACAAUGGAACCCACGUCUCUAGACAAACGAAUAGAAUGAAUCAGAUUCACUGUAAAGAUAAUUAGUGCGAUAGAAAAAGGAGCUGGAGGAAUCGAGGGAAGACUCGAUACACUUGCAAGCUUUCCCAAGAUACUUAUUAAAUAAAAUAUUUAAAAAAUGAUUGAAAUUUCUCUUGGGACAGCUUGCAACGCGUAAGGCGCUAGCUAUUCAUGUAAAGAACAAAAAAAAAAAAUGGAAAGAAAAGAAGAAAAGGUGUAUCGCUGAAUAUCAGGACACUUCAAAGGUUGCAGCAUGUACCCUGGUGUUCUUUUGUAUAUUUUCAAACGAGAAACGUGCAGCUAAAAUCCAGGGAGACCUUUUGCAAGCCACCUUUGAAAUGUCCUAAGAACGUGCGUUUAUGUAUCCGUAACGAAGUAAGAAAAGGGAAGAGCAUACCAAGCGAAAUGCCAUAUGUGUUUUCACAGGGGGAAAAUUUUCUAACGACAAAAGGCUGAUUGUUCUUUAACGCGUUAACCUAAAAUCAUUCACCGAAGACUUCGUCCUCCUUUUCAGGAUACACUGAGUUCCAUUUAAGUCAGUGAUUUUUAGGCAAAUGUUCCACAUUGUAGAUUUAAUUUGCAUGAUUGGCAAUAUGUUAAUUAUUUUUAAUUCUAGAAUUAAAAAUUUAUGUAAAAAUUGCACUGCAUUUAUGAAGAUUUUUUAGCCAGUUAUAGGUGGAAUAUUUGAAAUCCUCUGUGUAGGAUUACUUCAUAAUAAUUCAUGUAAAUUCAGUAAAUUAUUGUUAAACAAUAUUUGCUUAAUGUUUCACAAUUGUAGAGAGUAAAGAGAAACCACUGACUUGAAGUUCCAUUUAAGUCACUGAUUUUUAGAGUAAUCUUCCACAUUGUAGAUUUAAUUUGCAUGAAUAAUUUCUUUCCAUAUUUUAUUUAAUAUAUAAUCAAAAUAUACUUGAUUUUCAUGAUUGGCAAUAUGUUAAUUAUUUUUAAUUCUAGAAUUAAAAAUUUAUGUAAAAAUUGCACUACAAUUAUGAAGAUUUCUUAGCCAGUUAUAGGUGGAAUAUUUAAAAUCCUCUGUGUAGGAUUACUCUAAAAUAAUUCAUGUAAAUUCAGUAAAUUAUUGUUAAACAAUAUUUGCUUGAUGUUUCACAAUUGUAGAGAGUAAAGAGAAACCACUGAUUUGAAGUUCCAUUUAAGUCAGUGAUUUUUAGAGUAAUCUUCCACAUUGUAGAUUUAAUUUGCAUGAAUAAUUACUUUCCAUAUUUUAUUUAAUAUAUAAUCAAAAUAUACUUGAUUUUCAUGAUUGGCAAUAUGUUAAUUAUUUUUAAUUCUAGAAUUAAAAAUUUAUGUAAAAAUUGCACUGCGUUUAUGAAGAUUUCUUGGCCAGUUAUAGGUGGAAUAUUUAAAAUCUUCUGUGUAGGAUUACUCUAAAAUAAUUCAUGUAAAUUCAGUAAAUUAUUGUUAAACAAUAUUUGCUUAAUGUUUCACAAUUGUAGAGAGUAAAGAGAAACCACUGACUUGAAUUGAAGGAAGAGCAGAGCUACUAGAUUUAGGAUCUUUGCCUCGAAUCGGAUGCCUAGAUAAUUUCACUUUUAUAUUUACAUCUGGUAGGAUUUACAUGACCGAAUCGAGGAACCAAAGGCCUUCUUCAGGUCCAAGGGGAGGACGAUUGUCAACGAGAAUUUAUCCUAGUGUAAGACAACGUUUCUGAUACGACUCAACCCUGAAUAAUAGUACAUGAAAAUUUGUCUGAAAUUUUUGUUGUUUAAUUAAUUAAGAAAAGUCAUGAGUGUACUGUAGUCUCAGAAACGUUGCCUCAGGGUCGUGUGAUCGGUUUUUAAUCCAGGGAUGUAAAUCACUGUGCGAUACAAUUUUGUAAUGUAAUUGUGCAUACGGAAGCAUGUAAUAAAAGAAGACUAAACGACGG